AUGGCGUCACAAUCGGAUCAUAAAGCCACCGUAAUCGACGGCAAGGUCAUCGCUCAAACAAUCCGAUCAGAAAUUGCCGAGGAAGUCCGUCAACUCUCGGAGAAAUACGGCAAGGUUCCCGGGUUAGCUGUAGUAAUUGUAGGAAACAGGAAGGAUUCUCAAAGCUAUGUGAAUAUGAAAAGAAAAGCGUGUGCUGAAGUUGGUAUUAAGUCCUAUGACUUAGACCUCCCUGAGCAAAUAUCUGAAGCUGAAGUCAUUGCCAAGGUCCAUGAGUUAAAUGCAAAUCCUGAUGUACACGGAAUAUUGGUUCAGCUGCCACUUCCGAAGCAUAUAAACGAAGAGAAAGUAUUAGUUGAAAUCAGUCUUGAAAAGGAUGUAGAUGGCUUUCAUCCUCUAAAUAUCGGCAAGCUUGCAAUGAAGGACAGAGAGCCUCUUUUCCAACCCUGCACUCCCAAGGGUUGUCUUGAACUUCUUCAUCGAAGUGGUGUGAGUAUUAAGGGAAAAAGGGCAGUUGUUGUUGGUCGCAGUAACAUAGUUGGAUUACCAGUUUCCUUGCUUCUUCUGAAAGCAGAUGCCACUGUUACUGUGGUCCAUUCACGCUCUAAUGAUCAAGAAAGCAUCAUUCGUGAAGCUGACAUCAUUAUUGCAGCAGCAGGGCAACCAAUGAUGAUAAAAGGAAGCUGGAUUAAGCCCGGUGCUGCAGUUAUUGAUGUUGGGACAAAUGCUGUCGAUGAUCCAAGCAGGAAGUCUGGUUAUAGGCUAGUGGGAGAUGUGGAUUAUAAGGAAGCAUGUAAGGUAGCUGGAUAUGUUACUCCAGUUCCUGGUGGUGUGGGUCCAAUGACUGUUGCAAUGCUGCUCAAGAAUACUUUGGAUGGCGCAAAGCGGGUUAUUGUGUAG